CUCCGUUGAAUUCAAGGCUGAUACGAACAAGAGCCGCCACGUCUGCAGUGAACCACGUCAACUUUCAAAGAUCAUACAAUUAUAAGCCUCACCAAGGACUCACUUGCUCCCUUCAACAGCUUUCUCGUGCACAGCGCCGGUACUGAGUCAUCCUCACGUGCACCAAUCAGACCCCUCUCUGUUGGAACGAUCCGGGAGCCUGCUUAGUCGUUGAUGGACUUGGUUGCCACUUUGGACCACCGAACCACGCACUUCCCCCGACCAAAACUUCACCAUUUCACCCCUGACGAGAAAGCGAAAAGCGGCGGAAGCGUUAUCGUCCUCGAUCUCAUAUAGUUUACCACCCAGCAAGAGGAUUGCUUCCGCCCUUUCACCAGCGGCGACUACGACAAGCAUGGCGGACUCGGACGAAUAUAUGUCUGGGAUGUCGAGCGAGGAUGAUAUUCUGCAGGAUGAGUCGGACAAUGAGUCGGGAGAUGAUUUCGGAUUCGAUGAGCCGGAGCCUGAUUUAGAAAUCUCGCAGAAGGAGUCUACAAGAGAGAAGAGGAGACCGUUCGAAGUUACAUAUAAAGUUUACCAUCCGGAUGAUAUACAGAAGCAGCAGGAUGAGUUAAUCGAUGAGGUUAAUAUGAUUCUCGACUUAAAGAAGGAGGAUGCGGCAAUCAUAUUACGACACUUUCGAUGGAACAAGGAGAGGUUGAUUGAGGACUAUAUGGAUAGACCGAAGAAGGUCCUGGAGGAGGCUGGGCUAGGUCCUAGCACCGAGGGACCGCCUACACUACAAGUCAUCCCUGGCUUCGUUUGCGAUAUAUGCUGCGAGGACGAAGCGGGGCUCUUGACAUUUGCUAUGAAGUGUGGUCACAGAUACUGCGUCGAUUGCUAUAGACAAUAUUUGGCACAAAAGAUCAAGGAAGAGGGCGAGGCCGCUCAUAUCCAGUGCCCACAGGACGGAUGCAAGCGGAUUAUGGAUUCGAAGUCAAUGGACCUACUCGUGGCAUCGGAUUUGAACAACAGAUACCGCGAAUUGCUUACACGGACCUAUGUCGAGGACAAGAAUGCGCUGAAAUGGUGCCCUGCUCCAGAUUGCGUAAACGCUGUCGAAUGCAAGAUCCAGAAGCGUGAUCUGGACAAGGUGGUACCUACAGUGGCUUGCGACUGUGGCUAUCGCUUUUGCUUCGGAUGCAUUCUCACAGACCAUCAGCCAGCUCCUUGUGAGCUAGUGAAGCGCUGGCUUAAGAAGUGCGCCGAUGAUUCUGAGACUGCGAACUGGAUCUCCGCCAACACGAAGGAGUGCCCUAAGUGUAACUCGACGAUCGAGAAGAACGGUGGGUGCAACCAUAUGACGUGCAGAAAGUGCAAGCAUGAAUUCUGCUGGAUGUGCAUGGGUUUAUGGUCAGAACACGGAACGAGUUGGUACAACUGCAAUCGAUUCGAGGAGGGCAGCGGAUCCGAUGCGCGUGAUGCUAUGGCUAAGUCUAGGGUGUCGCUCGAGCGAUACCUUCAUUACUACAACCGUUAUGCCAACCACGAACAAUCGGCAAAACUUGAUAAGGAUAUUGCAACGAAGACAGAGAAGAAGAUGGUUCAGCUACAGUCAGCGUCCGGUCUCUCUUGGAUUGAAGUCCAAUACCUUAACUUGGCAUCCCAGGCUCUCCAAACCUGUCGUCAGACCUUGAAGUGGACCUACGCGUUCGCCUUCUACCUUGCUCGCAACAACUUAACCGAGAUGUUCGAAGACAACCAGAAGGACUUGGAGAUGGCAGUUGAGAACUUAUCAGAGAUGUUCGAGAAGCCAGUAGCAGAACUGGCUGAUGCCAACCUAAGGGUCGAUAUCAUGGACAAGACGUCCUAUUGCAACAAGCGUCGUGUCAUUUUGCUCGCUGACACAGCCGAAAACUUGGCAAAUGGUGUGUGGUCUUUCAAUGGGGAUUAUAAUGGCACCGAUUAGCUAUUUUCUAUUUGAUCACCCCCGCUGUCUCUAUAUUGCAGCUUUCUUGAUGCUGCUAGGCAUAGUGGUGCCACCAAGUGUGACGGGUAUCUUUGGGCUGCUUACGGUCGUUCAUUACCAAAGCAUUUGCUGACGGCCAGUAUUUCAGGGGAGUGGCAAUUCACUGUUGACCUGAGCACCCCGGCACCAAGUGCCCUUGCAGCAGCUCUGGCGUCGUCGAAAUAGACAAACAGACCACGAACGACCAGGACAUAUACACCACACUCGAAUAUAUUUGCAUGCAUAGCCGCCGUACAAGGUCGGGGAGAUGAGACCUGCAGCUCUGGAGCGCAGCUCUACUCCAUCUUUUACGUGCAUACUUCCAUAGCCUAGCCUUGGCAUUUCUGUACCAACUCGCGAGCAUUCACGAACUUAUCAUCAUCCACUCAAUCGGACUCAGAAUCAGACACAAAUACACCACAACAAGACAGACACAUCCCACUUUUCAUUUGUACGUUAUGAUGUCGAACAUACAUAAGCAGUACCCGCCUGCCGAGACCUAGAGAGAGGUCUCGUGAAUAUUUUUUUGCCACAGCAUGGGAGAGGGAGGGCGAGGGAGGGAGACUGCAGAAAUACAUUUGUGUGCGAUUGCGAUGGGGAUUUUUUUGAAGCGUUUUUUAGGAGCAUCAAUGGAGGGAGCCAUAGAGAAGGCUGGUAGAUAGAUGGGCGUAAGGUCGAUAUGAGAACAUGGAUCUUAUGAACUACAUAAAAUGACUGUUGAG